GUGACGUCUCUGGUCUCUGCUUCGAGAGAGAGAGAGAGAGAGAGAGCGUAGAAGAGAGGCUUAGAACCGAAGACCUGUGACAACACUGCUGCGCUCGCGCUCAAGAUUGAAGAAAUCAGUUUCAGGAACGGGCUCCACGAAAGAGAGUUUUUUGGUGGUUGCAGCAACCCUCCGCCCUACGAUAUCUACGGCAGACAGCAGCAAUGGCGGUAGCAGCGGCCGACAUUGCUCCAAAGGCGUUCGAGCAGCUAGUCAAGGAAGGCGGAGAGCACCAGGAUGUGGAAGACGACCUACAGUUUGAUCUCCGGAAUCUACUGGUGGUGAACCCUCACCAAGUGGACGAACAAGCGUUGGCGGACGACAGCGAGGAGUACCUCAAGGGGCAGGCGCAAGCCGCGGUGCAGUCGCUCAUCAAUAGGCUGUUCGUGCUGCCCACAGUCCCGUCGGAGGUGGGGCCUGUCGCGACGCUUCCGGCAAAGGAGGAAUCGAUCCUUCCGAGAGCGAAACCGGUUCCGGCCCCCAAGGCGGAGACUCGAUGGGACCGGUUCGCGAAGGAGAAGGGCAUCACGGGCAGCAAGCGAUCGCGCAUGGUGUGGGACGACGACCUGAAGGAGUGGAGGCCGCGUCACGGGUACAAGAGGGCCAAUGACGGUGUCCUCAACCACGCCAUCGUCGAGGUUAAGCCGGGCAAGGACCCCAUGGCUAACCCGUGGUCCGAGGCUCGUGAGGAGAAGAAGGGGCGGGUGGAGAAGAACCUUAGCAACAGAGCGAAAAACGUUGAGCGUGCCGGAGGAGGAGCAAAGCCUGGUAUCCCGGUGGACCUCCUCCCUAGCGCUAAGGACGGGUCGGGAGGGGGGGGGGCACCCGCGAAGCGAGGGAAGGCGAACACGAAGGGGGCCCUGGAGUUGGUACAGCACUCGACGGCUUCGAUGGGGAAGUUCGACGAGAGGCGGCACGCAGAGCCGGAGCGAAGGAAAGGGAAGGGCGUGCGGCGGGCGUUCAAGCCGGUCACGGUCGGCUCUGGGGAGGAGACACAAGGCCACCUUAAGAUCCUCAACUCGGUGAUGAUCGGCAAGUCCAAGAGCGCAGACAAGGACGGCACCGCUCGCAGCGCCAAGGAGUCCCUGGCGGCGUACGACGCGAUCGAGGGACCCCGCGACGCCGGUGCGAAGCGCAAGAAGGGCAAGGGCGCCUCCGGGAAGGCCAAGAAGGUCACCAAGGGCAGGGCUAAGUAAUGAAAGAGAAACACGCAAGGUGGCACAGAGGUAGUUUGACCAAUCAGAAAGCCGCUGCGUUCCACCUUUCCUUUUCUCCGCAGGGUUUGUUUACCUCUCAGGUAAUUUUUUCCUUUCUCCGUGAGAUAUUUUACCGACGAGAAAACUGCGUGCCACGUGGCUUGUUUGUGAGAGAGGAUGCGUGAUGUUACCUAGGGUGGGGGUGAACGAACGGCGUUACCGGAACGAGAAGCUAGGCGGAGGGAGCGGGGCGACCCAGCAGAAGCAAGCUUACAAACAAGCCUGUGCGCAGGAUCCGGAAGUCACUGCCGGACCUGGGAUUCGUUGCCGUACCCACGAAUGUUGUGUCUGUGCUGUAGCACCGGCGACGUGAGAGCGUGUUGUGGUUGAGAGGACGUUUUUUCUUGAGGCUCAGUGGUGUGACCUGUCUUGCGCUUGACCUUUUUCUCCGUUCAACAACAAACCACACUUGAGUGUGUCU